CUUGUAACUGUCUACAUGCCGGACAGUGGAGCAGCCAUCAUGUUACUCACAGUGACACCUCUGGUGGAUCCAGGUCCCCCAUCUCCAACUCCUCCUCCAACAGCACCUAAGCCUCCUAAAGACAAUGCUAAACUCCAGCGUCUCAUGAAAAAAGCAUCAAAGCGGACUGGUGUGCAGGCUUCCCCUACUCAGCCACAUAAAGCCUUCCGUUCCACUUUAUCCCCUGUCAAUGAAGGUGAAUGGGAAAAUCUGGAACCUACAGCACCCAGGAAGCUUGUCCCUCCUUCUCUGAAUCUUCCCCCUCGCUUCCAGAUAAGGGGUUUAACACACCGUGUUCCUUCACCUUACCCAAAGCACCGUGGAUUUACAUUUACUGUAGUAGAGCAGCACAGCCUAAACCAGUUCCUCAACUCACCUCCACCUUAUGACACACCAUCUCCUCGCCCACCAGAUGCCAACAUCCCUGAUGUGUUUACUCGCCGAGAUCAAGCCAAUGAAACACACCCAAGCUGCUCUCCAGGGGCCCAAACUUCUCCAUAUUGUCUACCAGAAACCCCUACACCCAAACCUACAACUCCCACUCCCUCAUUAGUUUCUCAAACCCCCAGCCAUGGCCAAGAUGCCACGGCUGUCUUUUACCCGUCCAAAACACCCCAAAAAAGUUGUGGAUCCCCCUUUCCAAAAAUAGGAGAAAAUAAGAAUCAAUUUCAUAAUAACCAUAAAACCUUAAACGCAGAAAGUAGCUCAUCCCCAAAACCAGAAACCACAGUUUUAGCCAUAGCUUUUAGUGGUCUUUCAAAAGACACUGGUGCAGAGACACCCACCAAUGUACUUGCAGAUCAGAGUGUGGCCACAGAUAAGCAAAGCGGAUGCAGCCCUCCAGUGAUGACACCAACAACAGAAUCAGUCUUAUCCUCUACGCCAGAAGUCACAGAGAUUACCAGACCUAUCUCAUCUUGCUUUGUUGGUACAGAUAUUCCUCCCCCUACCUCAGCUUUUGCUUCAGACACAACUCAGAGUCCACUUACACAAAGGGACACAGAAAUACACGGUGGUUUAACCCCUCUUCCUUCAGGAACAACAUGUACAAAUCCUGCCUCGAAAAAUAAAAUUUCCUUAAAAAACCACUGCACCCCCAAGACCGAUGAAUCUGAUCAUACAGCCCCAAGUCCAGUGGUAUCAUCUCCUAAAGGAAAAGCCCCUAUUUCUGAAGAGAUGAAUCUUUUAAAAAAACCCGAGCGCCCCAGGCCUCCUAGAAGAAAACCAGGAGGAGGGUGGGCUAGGUUGGUCAAACACCUGGUAGUAGAGCCAGAGGAACCAAAAUUCCCUGAAAGCCAUAGUGUGGAAGUGAAGGAUGAGACAGGAGAGAAGAAUGUUAAUACAGUCACAGAUGGGCCUCAGCCAAGCCGGCCAAGUCGUGCCAAUAAAAUGUGGGAUGCUCUACUAUAUCACAUGUCUUCUACAUCCAGCAAAACUGAAGAGAAAUCAGGGACUGAACCCCCUCCUCAAAUUCCAUUUCUACGAUUCCGCCUUCCUCUUCUCCUUCACCGACCUCGGUUUGAUGCACGAAAGCUAAAGGAGGCUGCAUCACGUCCCCUGAGAAGAGUAAGUUCUUUCUUUCACCGGAAAACAAGUGAGCAACCAAUCAGCAACUUCAACAGGACAGCAUCUGGUUGGAGCAUCCGAGGCGAUGAAGCAGAUCAAGGGGUGGAGCAAGUUAAGGAGAUGAUUAAAGUGUAGGAGAUUUGUUUGGGCAUUUAUUCUUAGCUGAACACUGCUACAACCUCUGAUCUUAAAUUGUAGGUUUCUCUGGCACAAUUAAUACAAGUGUAGUCUCAAGUGUCCUUAUGUGAAAGGCAGGGUUUAAGGGAUAUUUACCUUUGCACUGUACAAAAGAGGACAUUUUAUUAAAGUUUUGCAAAAAUGUUUGUCCUUGAACUGGAUCAACUUGUCAGACUUCUAAGGCCCCUGGUUUGAAAUGUGUUGCGGUGAGCAAAUAAGAAUGAAUACUACCAUAGGUAGCAUGGGUUUCCUGCUAGUUUCAUUUUUUACACAAGUAUGUUAAUAUAUUUAAUUCCUGUAUUUUGUGUACAAUGUUCCUUUAAGAACCAAAAAAAAUGCAUUACAAGAGGAAUUAGAAAGGCAGAAAACUAAAAUGAGAAAAUGAAAGUUAGAGCAUAUAAAGAUAUAGAAGAUAUAGACAGACAUGGGAGGAGAGAGGGGCCAGAGAUGGUGUAAUGAGGUAAAGAAACUCACCACAUCAAGGGUCGUCUACCAAAAUCCGUUCAUAUUUUCCAUGUCCAGUUGGAACAAACUUGUAUUUCUUGCUAGCAGCUGAGUUCUGGGGAGAGAUGGAGUCAAAAGAUCAGAAUCAAACAGUGGUCCUAAGUCCAGAAAUAAAGCAACCCAGGUGCCUUGGUGUUCUGGUUUAUUCUUUAAUCUUUUAUUAAAGAUAUUUACUUUUUUGGGGGACUGUCCUUAGAAUAUAAAAGUAAUCACUGAGUAUCAUGUUGCUGAAAAACCCAACAUAUAAAAAAUAUAUAUAAAUUUGUGAAAACAUUUACAUAUCACUAAUAAAACUGUAAAUGAAA